GAAGAACAGAGCUUUCCAUUCUGGUAUUAAGCAAUCUCCUUAUAAAGCUAUGUUCGGCAUGGAUCCUAGAGUCGGACUUUCUACUUCAUCUCUGCCCUCUGAAAUUUUCAAAGAUAUAAACGAUGAGGAAGAUCUUAAAAAGGUUAUAAACAAUAACCUAACACCUGCAAGUGAAACAGCUGACGAUAUCUUAAUGGAAGAAGAUGAAAAUAUGGUUCAGACCCAUACCUCAACUGAAAAUAAAAUAAAAAAUUCAAGAAAAACCGCUGCUGAAGGUCUAAGAAAGCAAGCAAAAAAAAUGAAAUCACACAGUGACAAGUCACAUCCACCAGCCAAUAUUGGAGAUAACGUCAUGAUACCCAUUCCCGAUGUGGACAAGUCUAAAGUUGACCUAAGGAAUAUCAUUGGAGUUGUUAUUGAUAUCACUGAUGAGGGGCUGUACAAAAUUGGAACGAAACAUGGAAAUUCUUCAAACACUAUUGCAGGUAGGCAUAUGUUUGGAUAAUUAUGUUAACGUUAACGUUAUAGUUAUAG